CGAGAUUCUAUGAUAUCAAGAGUCUGCUAAAGCAUCCACAGUACCGAAAUCAUCACAAUGCCUAUCUACAAGCUGACGUACUUCAAUGGCACAGGUCUCGCCGAGCCAAUCAGGUUUCUGCUGCACCAAAGUGGUAUCGAGUUCGAAGACAACAGAGUUACCCCGGAGGAAUGGACGAAACUUAAAGCUGGUAUGCCAUUAGGCCAGCUGCCCGUUUUGGAGAUCGACGGAAAAAUUUACAACCAGUCUAGGGCGAUCGCUCGUCUUAUCGCGAAAAAAAAUAAUCUGUACAGCACGAACGACGAAGAGGCUUACCUGAUCGACGCCACCGUCGAUACAAUCGACGAUUUGAGAGUAGCGUUCUCGCAGUACGCCUUCGAACAGAAUCCCACUACCAAGGAGAAGCUGAAGGAAACUGCUUUCGCGAAACUCCCCGUCGUUCUUAACAAGCUCGAAGAACAGGUUAAGAAGAAUAGCGGAUUCUUGGUUGGUGGAAAGUUAACCUGGCCAGAUCUUCUGUACACCGCGAUCGCCGAGCGUUUGUCCAUCGUGGUCGAGCACGACGUGAACGAGGAGCGACCUGAACUGAAGAAGCUGGUGGAGAAAGUGAAGGCUCUGCCGAAGAUCAAGGCUUACCUCGAGAAGCGACCCAAGACUGAAUGGUGAUGUGCCUCCCGCCUGCAACGAUAUGAUCUGACACAGGUCACACGUCAUCCCAUGUUAUCGUAUCACAACGAUGCAUACAUUUCACGACAGUUUCGUUCGGGUGAAUGAAUGAACGGUGAAUGUGGAGAGUUCCUACGAGUUUGUGUACGUCACAAAAUAAGAAAUAAAUAUAUACGUUUA